UUUAAGCGGGUUUGGUCCAUUAUUUACAUUUGUUUAUGCUGUACAAGGGGUGGCUCUGAUAAAGUUCGUGUCUGUAUUGCUAGGCGUCGGUCGCCUCCCCCAGAAUAUGGUCGCAGCAGAGCUUAAGUAAAAUAAAUUCACCACCGAUUAUAAAUAUUGGAACUGUUAUCAUAUUAGAACUUUGUUUGUUUGUGAAGAAAAUGGAUGCCAUGCGGAUGGCUUUGGAAUUUCUUAUUCUUCUUUGCAUUGUUUCUAGAAUUUCAGCUCAGGAGAGCCCCCGGGCGACUUUGUUUAUCACCCUGAAGGAGUACAACAACACUAACAGUGAGCUGUAUAAUGGACAGUGCUGUGACGGCCCGCCCUCCAGGAAGUGUAGCUCAGACAGAUGUGAUUACGAUAUCAACAUAUGCGUGACCACCAAUGGGAACGGCUCCUGGUGUCAUUCCACGCAACUAGAUGUAGACCAACCACCGGAACUUGUCUUCAAUGAGAAUGGACAGAAUGUACUGGUUAUUUCAGAAUGGAAGGGAAGUGCACGAAUAGAUAUUAAUAUCAGUGACACAGAUGGUCCAAACACCCAACAGCUUGUCGAUAGUUUCACCUUCUUUUACAUUGAAAAGGGAGGAAAAACACCCAAGUUCAGAGAACUGGUCUUGAACGGUUCACGUGUAAGACCGUCAAGGCUGCGACUGUCCAUGGGGGUACAGUGUCAGACCUACUAUUACGGGGACCAGUGUUCUGUAUUCUGUAUCCCCUCGGUGGACUGUAAGGGACACUACUCUUGUGACGAGAAGACGGGGACCAAAAUCUGUGACCAGGGCUGGGAGGGUGAGGACUGCACCAGACCCACAGUCAAAGAGGGAAACUGCAUCUCCAAUCCUUGUCAAAAUGGAGGAACAUGUUCCGUAGAUAAGUUCAGCAACACAACCGAUGGCGAUUUCUUUUGCUGUUGUCCAGAGGGGUAUACAGGCAGUCAGUGCGACAGAGACAUUAACGAAUGCCAAUCGAGCCCAUGCCAAUAUGGCGGAACCUGUUUCAACACUAAUGGCGGUUAUAUUUGUAAAUGCCAUCCUAGGUUCCGUGGUAUGAACUGUGAAACUCCCACAACAUGUGCUGAUAAUCCAUGUGGAAUCGGGUCAUGUUCCCAAACCAGUAACGACACAUUUUCUUGUCAAUGCCCUCCAAAUUUCUCUGGUUCGUUUUGCGAAAACGAAGUCACAACUUCAACUGUUAUGACAACAUCGACAACAACACCGAGUACAACAACAACACCAACUACAACUUCAACAACCACAACAAUACCAACUACAACAACAAAAGUGACGACGAGAACAACUCCCUCGACAACAAAAGUCACAACCCCGACGACCAUGACAACACCAAUGACACAAUCGACAGAGAGUCCAACUACACCUUCUUUGACAUCAGAAAUUAGAUCAACAACUUUCUCUGUCCUCAACACAAUGACUCCUUCUGAGAAUUCAUCACCAUCACCAUCAACACUAACGCCAUUUGCUGGAAAGGUAUCUUAUAAGUGUCCGGUCAAUGCAUGCAAACACAACGGUAAAUGCGUGAACGGUGCAUGUCAUUGUCGGGCUGGGUUUUCAGGACGGCUUUGUCAAAGGGAGGAUAUAGAAUGCAAGAUAAAUUCGUGUUUGAAUGGGGGCUAUUGUAAUGAUAAUGUUGGAAAUUAUACUUGUGAUUGUCCUAGUGGCUUUGUAGGGUCUAGAUGUGAAAAGCCUGUUGGAAAUGGUACUCAGAGUACCAUUUCUCCAACAAAAAGUGCAUGCGGGUAUUGUGGCAAUGGGUCUUGUUCUGUGUUAGAAAAUGGAACUGCAGUCUGCAUGUGUAAUCCUGGUUUUAGUGGAAAGACUUGCACGUACUCAAAAAACAGGUGUCGUCCUUAUUCAGCUGCUUUAUGUUUAAAAGGUGGCGAAUGCAUAGUCAAUUCGUAUCGUACAAACACAGAGGUUUGUCCGAAAGACUGGGACGGUCCUCUUUGCAGAAAUGAAUCUAUUUCUUUGCUCCGAGACCUGGAGUGUCCACGGGUUGUGUGUAAGAACGAUGGCCACUGCUUCAAUGGCAGGUGCUGUUGCCGGCCCGGAUACACAGGCGAGUUUUGUCAGGAGGAAAUUCUGCACUGUGAUAGCAGUCCAUGUAAAAACGGGGCCACGUGCAUUAAUUUGUACAACGACUAUGAAUGUACCUGCAUGGCGGGGUUUACUGGAAGAUCAUGUGAUGUAUCUCUUAUACAGCCACUAUCUUCCACAACUUCAACAGUAUCAUCUACAUUGCCAACAACAACCAAAACAACGUCACUUUCUUCAUUAACAACAAAAGCAACAACAACCGAAUCUUCUACAACUGAUCAACCAUCGUCAGAAGAGACAACAACAACAGCAACAACAACCAAAUCUUCUACAACUGAUCAACCAACGUCAGAUGAGACGACAACAACAACAACAGAAGAAACAAAGCAGCUGACAACUGAUUCAAUCUCAACAGUUGUUCUCGAAACGUCAUCAUUAACUGCGUCAACAAGUCCAUCGAUGAUUUCGGCCUCCACCCCAGAUGUUACAUCAGAAUCCAUUGGUGCCACAAGCGAGAGCACCAGUCCUGGAACCACACAGGACAGAGAAACAACUGCUUCUACUGACUCGUUUUUUGCUCGCUGUAGAGGUUAUCAGUGCUUUUUUAAUAGAUCUUGCAUCGAUACAUCAUAUGGUAGAACUAAAUGUAAAUGCAUGAAAGUGGACUUGGCUUCUUUUUACAUAGUUAAUUGCACGUUCGUAGAUUUUCCGUCGACAACUGUCGCAUCUAGCGUAGGUUCAAGCUCGUCAUUUCAGACCUCCCCACCCUUGGUGAACACCUCUGGGACAACAGACAGUAUACCGACCACUACACAGCUACCACAAAGCACCGCUAGAUCCACCCAUCCAUCCUCGCCCCCCACCACAGCAGUUGUGACAACAUCAGAAUCCCCUCAUACAGGAAACAACUCGGUAACACUUAGCGGAAAAAUUCCCGAUAAGGACAUUCCAGCCGUGAAAGAAGCGAUAACAAAUGCUAUCAAAAACACGACUAAAGGUGAAAACUGCACAGACUUGAACAUCUUGGACAAAGAGUAUUUAUACAGUAUAUCAAGAGUACCCGAGGUUUUCACAAAAAUCAUCUACAAUAGCUCCGAUUGCCCGGAUGAGUCAAACUUGCAAAAAAAUCCCAACCUCACACACUCUUUGAGCAGUCAGCUGGCUCACUCGGGGUCCCUCGGCGGUCACAGUGUGUAUGGAGGAAAAACCUCGGAGCUUGGACGGAGUUUCGAUGUUCCACUGAUUGGAUACGUGUACGCUACGGACAGGAGACACAUCAAAGAUGCUAUCAAAAGGACCUGGUCAAACGCAGGAAACAAGCAAGUCGAUGUUCUUAUUGUUGAUGCUGCAUACCAAAUUGGACAAUACGGAAUAUACAUUACUGACAUUACUUACCUGGUUACGAGUGGAAUGAAACUGUUACACCCGAAAACGGAAAAAAUUCCCCAGGAGUCAGCAUUGUACGACCAGUUUCACAGAGAAUUUCCGGACGGGCGGAUACUGAUGUAUUCUGGGAAAACGCGAUACGGAUAUGAAUCCGGAUUGCGACUAUCCCUGCAACAAAUGAAGCGAACAACUGCCCUGAAUGCGGCAGAACUCCAGGAUAAAGCGUUGACGGCGUGGAAUAACGUCAUCAAAGAUAAAAAGAUCUGUCCUCAGUCGGGCUGUGAUGUUGAUAUGACGAUCUCACCCCUGGAAUUAACACCUACAAAACAAAGGUCAGCCGAUGUUGUCUUUUAUCCAUCAAUAAACCAAAAUCUUAACACAGACUCGACAAUGUGGGACGCACUAAAAUCAAGAAUGUCUGCAUAUUACGAUAUUUGUGAUAAUUGCAAAUAUACUAGACGGCAUUUUAUUAAUGUAGCGGGGAGAAUAAAGCUCAAAGAUGAAACUAAGAUUAAAAAUAAAAUCAAAGCAAUUCAAGCAACGAAUGAUGAUCAUUGGGAAAAAUCUGCCUUUAUAGGAAAUAAAAAUUCCAUUGCGACAAGAAUGUAUUACAUACCCAGUAGUCCUAACGAUACAAAGACCUCGUGGCCAAGACCGGAUAUGAGUGGAAUGUUGGAUCGCAUCAACAGCUCUCUGGGAAGCAUCAACCGGAAGCUAGCUGUAAAUAGGAUAAGAGAGCUGCAUGAAGUUGUACUGACAGACAUAAUACCAAACUCAGAGAAGCCCAAGAUAUUAGACCUUAUUCUGAAGGCUUGGUCAUCUACCAACAAACAUGUAUCUAAAAAGGAUUUGAAUGCUGCCAUUCACUUAUGGAAUACAAACUAUGUUUCCCCAACAGGAACAACAGUCACACUACUAAGGUACACUUUAAGUGUCCUGAGCGCAGACUCUAGUGUAGCAGCAUUGUCCCGGCCCAGUGGCGGUGUUAUCAAGGAAGCCAUGAAGUCUUCACCGAUAAAGUACUGCGACUGUAAAGCUUACAAAGUCAGGAUGCUGUGGACAAAAGAUAUGAAGGAAUUCAACUCAACGGUCAUUCAAGAAUCCGUAUCGAAUGCGUGGGUCGCGGCAAAUGACGGUUUUGGUCUAAUUAUUCCAACGUCCGUCAUCAACUCAGAGGCCGGAUAUGUUGCCGGAUCCGGAGAGAAUGUCCGCAUGUACACAUACUUCAUAAAACCACGAAUUGGACCGAAGAAAGUGGACGAGGAUGAUUUGGACGAGCCCACUUCCGCUCAAUUAGAACAGGAAUUGUCAAAGCGAGUGCCAGGAUCACGUGUUUAUUCUUCAGCGUCAAAAAAAUCUGAGCCAAAAGGAACGGAAUGGUGGGUGUACUUAGUUAUAGGGAUCGGGUGUCUAGCCUUAGUGAUUCUGUUGCUCACUCUUCUGAUCACGGCUCUGCGAGCAAGAAGUCAUCGUCAAUCAAGAACGCUGAAACAGGAUCCCAAACAGGUGAAUGGGUUCGACAAGGAGCACUUUUCUAAGGAACCUGUGAUGGAGAAAAAUUCAAACGGUCUUUAUACUGUAGAGGACGAGGAUACGGACUAUUCUAAGACCACAUACAUCGUAAAUACUGCGUUCUCAGACACACACCAGGAGUGAAGAGGACCGGAAGUGGAGCAAAGCGCGAUAACUGUGUCAAACAAGAUUCCUCCACUGGAACAAAGAUGAAGAACCAGUCGUGCAAUAAAUGUACCCAGAAAGAAGAUUUCAAGUGACAAUGGAUCAGAGAUCUCUUACAAAUGUAUUAAUAGCUUUUGAAGUGUGGAUGUGCAUGCUUGAUGGUAUAUUUGAACACGUGCAUAGAUACAGAAUCAUUAUGACAUUUUACAUACAUGUAUAUGUCAAUUGAUGCUUUUAUUUCAUUUCUUUAUAUUAUAAUAUUAUACCCAUACAUGUAAAAAGCUUUUAAAAUAGUUUUUAGUCCUUAUUACAUGCAUAAUUUCAUUUCAACGAAUAAAGAUUGUACAUAUCUUAUGUAAAACAAUCAAUUAUUCAUAAUAUCGUUUACCUUAAGGUGAUAGUUCAUCAUCUAAUCAUGUUAAUUUUCCAAUUAAACAGUGAUGAUAUAAACGUGA